AUGGCACUGCUGUGCUACAACAAGGGCUGCGGGCAGAGGUUUGAUCCCGAGCACAACGCCGAGGAUUCCUGCCUGUAUCACCCAGGUGUCCCCAUCUUCCAUGAUGCCCUGAAGGGCUGGUCUUGUUGCAAGAAACGCACAACGGACUUCUCUGAGUUCCUCUCCAUAAAGGGAUGCACAAAGGGGUUUCACAGCAAGGAGAAGCCCCCUGAGCCUUCCAGCCAAGGGAAGACCUCAGAUGAGCCAAAGGCCAAACCAGUGAAGGAGCUCAUUGUCCAAGGACCAAAAUCAGCUGAGAAGAUGCUGCAGGAAAGACCAAGCUCCGAUGAGCCAAGACAACUGUUGCCAAUUAAAGUAUCCAGGUCUCUGGAGCAGGCACUGGAGAAACUGAGCAUGUCCUCUGAGGACAAGACACUCGAGAGCAGUUGUACAGGUGAGGAGGCUGCCCAGGUGAGAGCUGGCACCACGUGCAAGAACGCAGCCUGCAAGGCAAUCUACCAGGGCCCAGAGAGUAACACAGAAGUUUGUACAUUUCAUCCUGGCGUCCCUGUCUUCCACGAGGGGAUGAAGUACUGGAGCUGCUGUGGAAUCAAAACCACGGACUUCAGUGCCUUCAUGGAGCAACCAGGCUGCAGCCGUGGGUGUCACUGCUGGACAGAAAAGAAGGACAAGAAGGCAGUGCUGUGCCGGCAGGACUGGCACCAAACCAGCAGCCAGGUGGUGGUGACAGUCUAUGCCAAAAACGCCCUGCCAACCCUCAGCAGUGUGAAGGCCAAUCGCACCGUGCUUGAGGCUCAUAUCAUCUUUGAAGGGAAUAAGAUUUUCCAGGCAGAACUGGAGCUCUGGGGGACCAUUGAUGUAGAGAAGAGCUUUGUGAGCAUGGUCCCAGCCAAGGUGGAGAUCGUGCUUUGCAAAGCAAACCCUGGUUCCUGGGCCAGGCUGGAGCUCCCCCAAAGCAAGUCACAGUCCUGUGCUGAGCAAGAGAAAGAAGCUGCAAACACGGAGGAGCCUGGGGCUGUGCAGGAUGAGGACUCUGAUGACAGCUUGAGCUGGUCGGAGGAGGAAUAUGAAGAGUUGGAGAUGGGAACACCGGAUAUGAUAGCACCGAGUAACUGA